CAAAAGGUUUCAAAGAGCUGAGAUAAGGUGCUGAAAAUGGAGUAGCUUAGUCUUUAGCAUAUCCCACUAAGUCAUCAAUGCUUAAUAUAGUUUCCGUGUGGCAGGCCUGGCUCGGCUGUUGUUUCAUAUUGCAAUCUAAUGCUACAGCAGGUCGACCUUAGCUAAAAACUUUGCUGAUGCUAUUUCUUCAACACUGGUAACAGCCUAAGGGUGUGCUUGGUACAGAAACAGGGAAUUUGUAAUAAUCUAUAUUUCUGUUUCUUUUUAUUCCACUAUUGUCUGCUGUACUUAAAGAAAAAAAAAUGUCUACUAAUAACGUCACCUCUGAGCAAGAUGAAUUCACAACAGAGGAAAUUGAUGAAGAUGAAAUCUUGGCAAAUUUAUCCCCCGAAGAACUAAAGCAACUUCAGGAUGAAAUGGAAGAUUUAGCCCCUGAUCUAGAAGUACCAGUAGGUAUGAGACAAAAGGAUCAAACAGAGAAACCGGCAACUGGAAAUUUUGAUCACAGAUCUCUUAUUGGCUACUUGUACUGGGAAACAGAGUCCAAGCGCAUGACAGAAGAGGAAAGGGUCCCUGUAGUCCUCUUACCAAGUCAGAGAGAUGCUAACCACCUUGAAGGCGAAGAAGAAGAGGAAGAAAAUGAAAACGAGGAGGACAUUGUGGAAAAUGGCUUCCAGGAUUCAGAAAACACCCCCAUUCUAAGUUCUGACAUAUCCACCAAUGGUUAUAUAGAAAAAGAGCUACAAAAUUAUGAGCUGAAGGAAACAGUAGAGAGCCUUGUUAAUCAGAAUAGCAAUUCACUGCAAAAUAUGUCUGAGGAUGAGCAAAUAAAGGUAGAAAACAAUAAGUAUACUGAAGAAAAUGAACACAACAUUGAAACACAAGAAUCGUCAUCACCAACUCCACGACUGGAAAAUAUACUCCAACAUACAAAAGAAGGAGCAGAAGAAAACAGCGAAGAACAAAACCAGAAUAUACAGGUGGAAGAAGAGGCUACAAAUGGUGUAUUACCAGACAAAGAUAAACCCACAGAAGCAGCAGAAAAUGAUGUGGUAACUGAAAGCCCCAAGGUAAAUGCUGAAAGCACAGAAAAAUCUGAAAAAGUGAUAUCAAAAUUAAGUCUACCCAAGAAGUUGUCUAUUGAACCAAAUUUCAUUAAGAUGACAGCAAGACCAUCAGGAAACCAAACAAAUUUAGAUGAAACUUUGGCGAAAAUAAGAAAAAAUGAUCCAGCUAUUAAUGAAGUCAAUCUCAACAACAUAGAAAAUAUUCCAAAGCAAAUGUUGAUUGACUUUGUAAAUGCAUUGAAGAAAAAUAAACAUGUAAAAGCCUUCAGUAUAGCAAAUACAGGUGCUGAUGAUAAUGUGGCCUUUGCUUUAGCUAAUAUGCUACGUGAAAACAAACGUGUUGCUACUCUAAAUAUUGAGUCUAACUUCAUUUCAGGAAAAGGCAUCGUAGCUAUUAUGAGAUGUUUGCAGUUUAAUGAAACUCUUAUGGAACUACGAUUUCAUAAUCAAAGGCAUAUGUUAGGACACCAUGCUGAGAUGGAAAUUGCCAGACUUUUAAAAGCCAAUACCACAUUACUCAAGUUAGGCUACCAUUUUGAAGUUGCCGGUCCUCGGAUGGUUGUUACAAAUUUACUUACCAGAAAUCUUGACAAGCAGCGUCAGAAAAGGCUAGAAGAGCAAAAACAACAGCAAAUGAAAGAACAUAUGCAGAUUAUAUCAAUGCUUCAGAAUGGAACAUGUCUGCCACCUGAAUUAUGGGCAGUAUUAGAAGACAUUAUGCCAGACAAAGAAAAAAACAAGGCAGCAGAAGCUGCAUCACCACCUUUGCCUCAAACUACUGACAAUAACCCAUUCCUACCGGAGGAAGUUAUCCCUCCACCAGAGUCAUUCAGGGAUGUUAAACUUAAGAAAACAAAACUUAAAUUAAGAGGACAAAUGAAAACAGCAGAUGACUCAGACAUGACAGUCCAUGGCCAUGAGGACAAUGAGAGUUCUCAAUCUGUUUCCAUUAAGGAUGUGAAACUUAAGAAAACAAAAGCAAAAUGGAAGGAGCAGAAGUACACUGUUGAUGACAACUACUACAGCAACCAGUUUUCAGAAAAUCAACCUUUUUCCAUUAAGCAAAUUCAACUUAAGAGAGCAAAACCAAAGCCAAAACAACAGAAGGAAGAGGAUGACAAACCAGAUCUUAAAGCAAUGAUUAGAACAUUAAAGCCUGUUCCUAGAAGGCGACAACCACCUUUGGUUGAGCUGACCCCAAGGGAUCAGCUGUUGCAGGACAUCCGCCAAAGCAAUAUUGCCUAUCUUAAGUCAGUUCCAGUGCCAAAACAGCUUGAGUAGAUUUUGAACUCAUCAUAUUGUACAUGUUGAAGAUGUUUCAAGCAUUGCAUUAAGAAUGCUAAGAAGAAGCUGAAUGGUAACCGUUGUUAUGUGUGGGAGCAAGGCAAGUUAUAGAAACCAUUUACCAACACCACCUCCCUUUCUUCUCUCUACAGAAGAGUUACUCCAAGUUUACAUAUGCUAAUAUGAAAGUCAGAGAAAGUACAUAUGAAACAAACAAAAAAAACUUUCCAGCAUAUGUUGACUUUCUUUCAGUGGUUUGGAUAAGAUUUUUUUCUUUUUCUACAUCUUACUCAGAAUAAACCUAUCAAGCGUAUAGUCACUUCCUGUUGAGGUAGUGUAAAAGCAGAGCAAGAUGCUUCAGCUAAGAGCAAUGGGAAUUCAUUUUGUUUCCAGAAAACAUUUGCAUUUUAACACAGUUUGCCACAUGGAAGAUGUCAUUCUCCUUUAACAGUUAAAAAACUCACUCAUAGUAAGAUUUCUCUUCAGAAUGUCUCACAUUUGUUUUCUGAAAAUGGUUUCUUCGGCCUAGUGUCUACUGUUUGCAGUUUCAAAAUAUUAUUUUUCCAUCAAAAUGAACUGUGCUUUUCCUGUUUGCACUAUACAGUACCACUGCUAUGUGUUUUGAAUGAACAACUUAAGAGAGAGAAAUAUUUGGUUUAUGUGAGACUUUGUGUUGAUUUAAUGAAGGUAACCAAACCAGGUUGAGCAUCAUAACACUUUGUAAUGACUUAAGACAGAAUUUAAUUCUCAAGGAUCUAAAAAAGGCAAUGCACAUCAAAAAUAAUUAUGAAUUAGUUUCAACAAAGCUAUAAAACUCAUAAUGGACAUGUCAACCUAAUGUUAAGAUACUUAAUAAGUUUAAUAUGAAUUUACUACCGCUGACAUUUCAAAAUGAAAAUUAAAACUUCAAAAUGUCAGUGUUUAAUGUCAAAAUAUACACGACUACAAAAUAUUUUAUUUCAUCUGCAGAUGUUUUCACUGAAACAUAAUGCCCUGAUUUUGGUUAUGAGAAAUAAUUAAAAAAGGACAAAAUAAUAAAAUAAUAAUUGCAGCAAAGGUAAUGUCAGACAUAACAUACCACUGUUUAUCAUAUGUCUUUCAAAACACCAAGAUAUUAGUACACAAAACUGUGAAUCAGGGGAAUUACCAGAUACAUAUUUGCAUCUUCCAGUUAAAUAUAUCAUUGACAAAAAACAUGGCAGCAUAUAAUGUCAUCAAGAUACUUGUCCAUUUCCCUAAGACUUAUCAAGCCAUCAUAUUUCUUUAGAGAAAGGUUCCACUUAUACCUCCCUGUAUCCUUAAUUUAUCCCAUUCCAGGUCACAUCAGACUUGUAGUAAAACAGUAUUUUGUAAGACAGCAUUCCUCUUAAAGCUGUUUUAACUCCCCUCUCCAACCCACUUCACAGCAGUUACAAAUAUCUCCCAUGAAAAAUUAGCUCCAAGCAGCACAGAACAUAGAUCUAUUUUCAUUCUACCCACACACACAUGCGCACACGCACACACACACAUCACUCUCCUCUCACCCCACCAACUGACUAAAGGGCAUGUAAAUUAUAAUGCUUGUUCUCAUAUGCCUAUACAACAGCUGUCUGUAAAUAAGACAUCCUAUCCAAAACACAACCCUCAUUUAUCCAAUACAUACCUUGUACAUUCCAAAUGAAUGACAAAAAAACAAAAUGUUUACUUACGUGUUGGGCACGUAAGUAUUAAUCACUCCACUGUUAGUCAAUGCAUUUUAUUCUGAAGGUUACAGAUAUGCACCUCUAGGAUAUGGAGUUCAGUUCUGACUUCUUGUUUGCGUCUGUGUGGUGGAUAUAAUAUAUUCUACCCAUGUAAGGGUGAUUUUUUUUCUGAAUAUUCUGAUUUCGUCCCACUUCUUAAAUAUGCUUGUGAACUGACCACUUAUGAGUUCAUUGCAGCUAAAAAAAGGUCCAUGAAGUACUAAUUUAGAUACUAUUUUAACAAGCACAUACAUUUUACCUAAAUCAGUCAACAUCUCUGCACUCCCAAAUGCACUUUAAAAUGAUUUUGCUGCAGUACACAAUUUCCUGUCAAUGCUGCAAUGGAAGUUGUAACAUUUCUAAGCAAUGAUUUAUGAUGAUUGCUCUAUGACUGUAAAAAAGUACAGGUAGUACUGUUUAUAUUUCUGAAUCAACUGUAUAAUUCUAAAAUGUAGAACAGGCACAAGCACUGGAUGACCAUAAGAGGAAACCUCUGUGUAUAUAUAACUGUAGAUUCAUUCCUUUUAGUGGGUUAGGCAUGUAUUUUUAAAGUGUACAAAGGUCUGUCUGUAUGGCCUCAUAAACCUUCUCCCACAGCCUAGCCUUCACUUUGGUAACUGCUUUAACUACUGCCUUUCUGGCUUGUCAGUACCUCUCAGUCAUAUUCAGAGAACCCUUACUAAUAUUACAAGGAAGACCUUUUUCUUUAGCUUGACAGUUUUCCUUACUGUUGGUGUCCUCCAACUCUACCCUCAUGGCAAGUGCUGACCACCUUUUGGUCACAGCUCCUUGCCACUGCCUCAAUUACUGAAACCUCAUAUGGGGUGCUUUCAGAAUUCACACACGUAACCUUACUAGGGAAUGCAGGAAAGGCUCUUCUGUAGGAAGGAGUUGAACUCAUCCCACAUAGAAGAAUCAUCUAAGCCCUCAUAGGACAUGAGUUUCUCUGGUCUGUCCAGCAGCCAGCCCAGCCAUUUCACCCAACUCACAUUAUUUGAAAAGUGAGAAUUGUAUUCACGUUCUCAGUGUUAAUUCAGCUAUGUUCAAGGUGGGCUGAGAACUCAGCCAAGGGUAUGCAUUGCUUUCCCUCACGUUUGUGAUUUUCAUGUUCAGAAUAUUAAGGUGCAGACAAUGUCUGGAGUGUAUCUAGUCUGAGGAUAUGAGGUCUGCAUGUUUGCUGUUUGCAGACAAUGUUGUUCUUCACUGCUGAAUGAGCAGAUAAGGUGAAAAUCAGCACCUCCAAACGAGAUCUUACUCUUCUAUCCUGGCAAAGAGUACAUUGCUUUCUGCAGGUAAGUUGUAGUACUUACCUUAGAUAGAGGAAUUUGGGGUCUUACUCACAAGUGAUGAUAGACGGGAUUGAGAAACUGAUCAGCAGAUGGAUACAGUGACAUCAGUACUGCAAACCUUGUACUAGACUAUAGUGGUGAUGUGAGACUUAAGUCACAGGAUGAAGCUUUUAAUUUACAAAUGAAUUUAUGUCUGCAUGCUAACCCAUAGUCAAGACCUCUGGGAAAUGACCAAAAGGAUUAGAUCAUGAAUACAAGUAGAACUAAUGGCAUUCUUUCAUGGAGUAGUUGAGCUGUCUCUCCAUAAUGUUGAGGAGCACAACAGUCUGAAAGGACCACAGAGUGCAACCACUGCUCCUGCAUUGUUGAGUGGAGUCAAUUGAGGUAGGAUGAGUGGCUUGUGAGAAAGCUCCAGGAAUGCCUCUCACUGUGGAUGCAUCAGGCAUAAAUCACUGGGAGGAGGAGGCCACCGAGCAGGCCCAGAAUACAUUGGAAGGAUGGUCUCUAUCAGCUUUCCAGGGAGUUACUGGAUAUCCCACAGGAUGAGCUACAAGUUGUUGUUGGAGAAUAAGAAAUCUGGUCAAUCCUGCUUAGCUUGAUAUCAUAGUGACCCUCUCCAGGACAAGCAGUUUAAAAAAACAUGAUGAUGCUGGUGUUAAGCACUCGGUAUCACCUUUUACUUACUUCCUAGGUCAUGUUUUACUCUACAGUUAUACACAUCCUAUGGUGCAAUGCUGCUUAGAGAUAGGCUUAACUUUGAAUGACAAAUGUUUUAUCUUUCCUUGUGAGACAGGUUUCAGUACAGAUCUAUUGCUACUGUAUUUGAAAACGUAUUUCAUAUUUCCUUUGCCUAUUUCAAAAUAUUGUCAUAUUUUCAUUCAAGUAGAUUUAAUAAAAUGGUUUUGAAAGAAUAAAAAUGAAAUGUAAAACAGUUUUUAUGCAGUGAGCAACAUACAAAAAUUCUCAUAAAUUUUUAUGUUCUUUAAAACUGCAUUCUAAGCACAGAGGACCAAGAGGAAGUGAAAUGAACUUAGCAGACUUUAAAGAAGUUUGCCUGAGGAAAAAAAAAGUGAUGGCAAAAAGAAUAAGAGGGGAUGAAGAAGUUAAAUGUAAGUGACAGAAAAUAAUAAAAGGAGACAAAGAAAGUAGAAAGAAAGGAAUGGAGAGGCAAGAAAGUAUGAGAAAAGAAACAUUAAACAAAAAUAUGUUAUGGCUUAUUUUAAGUUCACAUUAUCAGUGAGUUAUGUUUCCUAAAUUUAUAAAGCUCCACUGUCCAAACAGCUACUGAUAAAUUGGCUAAGCCAUGUUAUUGUUAUCAAAGGAGAAUUACCUAAUACAGCUAGCCAAGAUGCCCAGAUAAUUUGCAAAGGAGUGUUAAAUACAAACAUAUAAAACUGACAUCCCUCUCACACAUUUCCAUCCUCUAAGCUGCAAACCUGGUAAAAAGUUAAAUCACAACUUAAUGGUAUGCCUUUAUAGGUUAACUCUUCCUUGAGUAAAUACAUUUUAUAAUAUAUUCAUGGAAAUGCAUCAAUGGUGGUAUAAACUUAUCAUAAAAAUGUAUUUUUCUAUAAGAAAUGAAAAAUAAACCCAGCAUCAAUGUUGUCAUUGUAUUAUUGUAAUUAUUAUUACUACUAUUACUAGUUAUAGAUUGGAGAAUAAAUUCAGUUUUUUAAUAAAAAAACUAAAAGUU